AGCGAGAGUGUAGUCGCUUGAGCUCCCGCACUGGUACUCAUGGGCGCCUAGGUAGUUGUAGUCCACCCUUGACAGCCUUAGACUAUUCCGCAGCUUCCAGUCCAAUGUGCGCGACACGGAUUCAGGCGUCUGCGGGUAAGUGCAUUUAGAACCUCUGAAGCACCAAAAGAUCCUGCAUUAUGGAGAGCCUGGACGACCUGCUCGGAGAAACCGCCACCUUGGGCGAGUCCCGGUCGCAAAACAAAAACCGCCGUCCGCGGCCGGAGGGAAAUGACAAGGCCAAAUCCGGGUGGGGCUUUGGGGACUCGUCAAGCGGCAGCACAAGAAAAAUGGAGACGCCACGUAAGGAUCAUAUCACGAACUAUUGAUUUAGAUUUUUCACUUGGCCCAUUGCUUGUAUUUUUGAUGAUAAGGAGAAGGAGAUGAAAUAAAACAAUAUCAUGCUCGUGCCACAACUAUUUUUCGGGACGGAGUGUCGUUGCCCGCCUGCUUCUGCCCCCGCUUUUAGAUCCUUUUUGUAGAAGUAGAUAUAAACGAGUUGAAAUAACUUGAUCGCCUCCGCAACCCUCGCAAAAUUCUACCUGUCGCUCUGGGUUCUUGUUAAGCGGAACAAAAGUAAUAGUAAAAUCGUUCGCGGUUGCUGUAGUAGCUUCGGAAAAAAAAUGACGUUUCUUUACUCUAGAAGUACCGUGAAUCAUGAUGAGAAAAAUUUAGACGUGUCUCCUUGCACCGAGGUUUGCUUUCGCGAAAGCUUUCCAGUGCGGAUUCACUAAAAAACUUCUCGAUGCUGACACUUUGCCAGUAAGUUGUGAAUCUUCAGCACUUCGAUCAAGAAAAUAUAUACACAAGACGUACCCGCCGACCAUGACGGAUCCAAGUAUUGAUUCUUGUAGUGCACAUAGCGAGUACAAUCGUUCUUGCAGUGGCGCCCCAAGUCGUCAUGUCGAACAUGGAAGUCCUCACUUCGUUGAUCAGUGCUGACUUCGAUAAUUCUCCGUUGCAAAAAUUCAGAAAGUUCUCAAAACAGAGCCUGCCACGGAGCAGAUACGGCAGCACAUUGACGAUAAGGAUGACGAUGUUGGGGACGCGAUCCCGGUGAUCCCCGAUUUGGAGGACGACCAAGAUGAGGAUCUUUCGAAGCAGGUGGCAGCGCCACCACCAACCAGCAUGGACCAGGAUUUCAGGUCACUCCGCGAACUCGAGCCGGAUAACGCAGAGAAAAAGCUCCUGGUAAUGUCAUGUACUAUGCGUUGCACAUCAUUUUUGUCGGAUUUACACCCCCCUAGUCCUAGCGCCAGGACCCAUCACGCACAAAUAAUAGAUCUUUACAAAGAUGAGAAAGAGAAGUACUUGUCCUGAAGAUGCAACUUUCGCUAAUGUACCUGCACACAUGAUGCAUCAACAGCAAACGGCUUCCGCGGGGCAACAGGGGAUCGAUCUGUCGAGCCUGAUGAGCGUGAUGAGUCCCUAUCAGAUGGUAACGGAAUCUGACGACAUCUGGGACUAUAAUUUGCUCUUCCAGGAGGUGGUGUCCCAUGUCAACGAAGUCGCGGCCGCGAAAAAAGCGAAUGAAGUAAAUUCAUGAUGCUGACAAGUGGCAGCAGGAGGCUGCAUAUAAAGAUAAACCGAAUGAAAAUGAAUGCGCUUAUGUGUGUGCCGCCCCUCUGGAAGCCGAUUCCGUUUUCAACUGUUUUCGCUGCACGAUGAAUACGUGAAGAAAGCGUGAUUUUGAUUGUAGAAUCCGACCGCUUUAUACGCG